UGCAGCGAAAGCUGACAUGUCUUCGGGCAAAAGAGAUGGCGAAAAUGGAGGCUUAUGACAGCAAAUUUUGCAGAACUUACAGUCGCAUUUUCGAAGAUUUUGCCUUCAAUGGUUUCCUGUAGCUUACAGGAAGGUGGUGGUUCAGCAUAGAGACAGACCACGAUAUGUGAGGCCAUAUUGCGCUUAAACACUGCUACUGCUGUCGAUGUGUACAUAUUCCUGCCUGAUGUAAAACUAUCGUUGCCACCACUGGAAUUGCCUGGUUUAUCAAAACUGCAGCAUCGGUGAUCCGCCAGAGGUGUUUUGCAACACAUCUCAGCAACUAGUGCCAUAUAUUGGUACACUGAAACUUCUCUUAGUCAUGCUCCCAUAGGCAUGCAGAAAGCAUGAAUCCUGAGAGGCAAAUCUACAUGAAUGCUGCAAUGGCUGGCAGUGACCAAGGCUUGGGCUACACAACUGUGCCUAUGGGAUGGAAUCGUACUAUUUGGGGAGAUGGCUCUGUUGUGUAUGUCAGCCCUAGUGGUCACCUCCUGCACUGUGCAGAAGACUUGCAGCGCUACCUUCUCGCUGAGGGUACCUGCAAGUGUGGACUGGAGUGCCCACUGAUCAUCGACAGGGUCUUCAACUUUAACCCACGGGUGCCAGCGCGACCUAAACUUCCAUCCGAUGUCUUGGUAGGAAGCCAACUGAAUGCGCUAUGCAAGCAUAGAAACAAGCUGGUGGCCAUGGCGAUCGGGUUGCAAGGAAAUGAGGAGACACUGGCAAAUAUUGGGCCUCCCGGUGGGGUCUCAGUGUUUGGCCGAAGCAAAGGAUCCAAGAGGUCCAGAUCAAAGUCCAAGCCAGAGAGAGCUGUUGACUUCCAGCCACAGAAUCUGUCAGCAUCACAGGUCUUGGCACUACAAGGUGGACACGUGCAUCAGAUUCCGGGCUUUGCAAACUUCAUGCCAUCUUUGAAGUCUGUUCCAUUUGAACACCAGUUGCAGCAGCACUCCAUUGAAUCUCAACAGCGUCAAAUCCAAAUGCAUCUCCUGCAGAUGCAGCACCAGGAUCUCAUGCAGCAGCACCAGCAGAUGCAGCACCAGCUCCACCACCAGCAUCGACAGACCCCCAUGCAAAGAAGGAGUCAAGAGGUUGAGUCAUUACAUUCACCCGUUGAACAGUAUUCUUUAGAACAAAGGUCAGGAAAAAGGCUUCAUUCCAGCCCACCAUCAUCAUGCCCAAAGAGGCCUCCCUCCAACAGUGGCAGCGCAGGAUCACAGAGUGCUCCCACUUCUGCAAGUCCCCACAGUACCACUCCAAGAUGCAGUAAAAGUCCAAGGUUAAGUAGUGAACUUACGUCUCCGAGCUCAAAAGAAAGGCAACCUCUUCAUGGCCACAGUUUACUGCCACUCCCUUUUCAUGGGGAGACACACCAGCUCAUCGUAGAUGGGCAAACUCUUGCCAUCCAUCCCGAUGCAUGUGCGCCUAGUGUAAUACCAUUACUCAGCAAUAUGUACCAUGCUCAAAACAGGGCUUCCUUAAAUGCUGCCAAUGUAAGUAAUAGCCAAGCUUUGUUUGCAAACCACAAUGACGAAGUCUUCUUUAUGCAAGAUGGGUCCAGGAAGGGCCCCUCCAGAACUGUUCAUGAUUCUGUGGAAGUCCCUACUUGUCAGGCAGAGGACACAAAUAAACUGGAAAGUAAAUCUCCCGUCAGAAAUUUGAAAGAUAACACCCCUUCACCAAUAAUCAACAAACCCGUCACUAUGCAUUCUACAAAACCGGAUAAGAAACCUACAGUAGGCAAUAUGACGCUACAACAAAUAUUUAAACAGUCUCUAGAAGGAAGUGCCUUUCCAGCGAGUAGUUUGCUGUCAGCUGCAGCCAGAGCUCAGCUUGCAAAGCAGCCUCAAUCACCCGAUAGUCCCUCACCCCACCAUGCUGGUGACCUCAUGUCUGGCAUGGGUCUAUUCAAUAAAAUGUCAUCUAACUUAACAUCCAAAGACACUAAACUUGAGUUGGCUGCUUUGCCCAGUAAUAAAGGUUCACAGUUCAGUGCAAGCAGAAAACAUGUAGCAAAGUCAACAAAUAUAGAUGUUGUUCAUUCAUCUGAAAUGAAUGUCAAAGGCACCGCAUCAGCGCCCCAACAGACAGACGAGUCCCCAAUCCAGUGCCUGGAGAAUGCUGUACAGAACCUAAAAGAUCAUCCUAGUACAUUGAAGCCAGCUGUAUCAGCUGUAGAUGUUUUCUCUCCAGAGGUCACACAGGAUAGCUCUGCCUGUAGAAAAAGGCUGAGCACUGAUGCUGAAGAAACUAUGGAAAAAAGUGUCAAAAGACAGAGAUUACAGAGUAGCGAUUCUGUUGGAUCUCAGACAAAACAGUCAGAAGCUGCAAUGUCAACUCACCAAGUGCCUGCAAUAAACUCAGACAAACCCUUAUCAAUGCACCAUCAUGAUACAACCAAGGUAACAGGCUCCUACAAUGUCGUCUGUUCCACUGGAAAAGCAACAAGUUCCAGCAAGCAUCCAACUGCAGAAAAUGCAGAAUUGGCAAGAUGGCAGCAGCAGCAGCAAGAGUGGUAUGCCAACAUGCUCAGAGUAAAACAACAUCAUGAGUCUGGAAAUAUGCCUGUUGAACAUUUCCCUCCAGGAUCUCAGGUGAGACCUCCUCAAAUAAGAUCUAGAGGUCUCCAGGAGCUCCAGUAUAUUGCCAUGGGAGGCAAUCCUCCUCCCAGGAUGCAAACUAUGCAGCAACACCCCCAUGUGGGCCAUAUGCACAGAUUUCCAAAUCAUUUUACGAAUCCACAGUUCAACCCUCAUCAGGCCAAUAUGAUGCAUCAUAUUCACAGGAUGCAGAUGCCUUUUAGAAUGGAUCAUCCUGUGGACCCAUUAGAUCCUAAUAUUGCUCAAAAUCCAAGUAUGUGUAAUAGUAACAUCCUGCAGUCAAUGCUCCAACAGCAGCAGCAGCUUCAGCAAUUGGGCAUGCUUCCACCUGGCAAUUUCCAACACCCCGUACAUCACAUAAGUCCUGUCCAUCAUUUGGACCCCUCUCAGCAUAUACCGGUAGCACAAGCAGAUGUGCCAAGUCUGCCUCAGGCUCAUGUUCAUGGACAAGACACCACUAAUCCAGGAGCAAUGCCACAGCACAAGAAGGGUGCCAAACCAGUCAGGGGUGCAAGCACUUCAACAAGCACUGCACUGACAUGUACGGUGGACAUAGAUGAUGAAGAACCCAAGGAUGCAGCCUAUUGGGUAAAGGCUGCAUCCAAAUCAGGGGGAGUGAAGAAGGUCAAAGACAUACUGGCUAUGACAAGGUCUUUGCAGAAGCACAACAGUGAAGCAGGACAGGUUGAGGCAAUCUUCCAGGCAGUCUUGGAUUCUGCAAGUGGUGGCAUGAAAGUAAUCAUCAAAGAGGGGACUCGAUCACAGGAGGGAGUGCAGUCAGGGAGUGCAGACAAUAAUCAAGAGAAAGAAACGGAUGCCCCUCCAAAAGCUGCUAUUGAAUCUACAGAUAGAUCAGAUUCCAUGUGUGAAGUAUCUGAACAGAGCUCUGUUUCCCCUUCUCCAGCACAACAAAAUGCAGUUGAACCUGAUUUUGAGGUUCAAGAUGAAUCCUCAGAUGACUUACUUAAUGCUGAUGCAGUAGAGAGGCCAUGUGGAGAAUCUUUGGAUCAAACAUCAGAGCUAGACAUACCUACAUCACAAGAUGAUUUUAGAAAGGCACAGAAUCUUUCUGAACUUUCAGUAACACAGAUGGAAUCAAACCCAGACACUGCUAUCUUAAAGACUCAAGAUUUGGAAUCAGUGUCUUUGGAUGGGGAUGAAAUCCCAUGUCCUACACGGUCUGAAGGGGAUCACAUGGCAAGUCCAAUUCAUGAUGAAACAGAAUUAGAGCCAGAGGGUUCUUCUAAAGUGCCCCACCAAGACAAUGUGCAGGUGAUUACUUGUGACAAGAUGUACACAGAAGGUCAUGGUUUAGGCAGUGAUGAGAUAUCUGAGUGGGUGUCUCCACCAGUGGAAGACACAUGCACAGUCUCUGAUCAAGUCCAAUCCAUAACAUCAACAGACCAACCAAUAGAAUUUCCAGAUAGCCCACAGCCAGCAAUUUGUCAAAGUACUAAACUUUCUGGUGAACACAAAAGGAAGAGUACUGACAUCAAAGAUUCUAAAAGUGAUGAUGACGAGCUCCAGGAACACGUAUCUCUUUCAUUUGAUUUGAGUGAAGAUGAGUCUAAGGUGCAAAGUGAUGUUAAAGAUGGAGAAGAAGAUCCACCACAGGAUCAAUUGUUGGAACAUGCUGGGGAAGUGAGAACUGUCUUAAAUGAACAUGGCUGCAGUGUACAUGAAAUAGAACCAAAUGCAAAUUAUCCGGAAAAUCCUACAAGUGACACUAUUGGAAAAAUGGAUAUGGAAGACAUAUCAGAUGGUAGUUAUGACAUGGCUUCACUUGAUGAAGAAAAUACUGACCCUCCUCAGACGGAUCAAAGAGAAACUGUGGUUGAUCAAGUCAAGGAGGUACAAUCAACAGGUGGUCAAAGCCAUACCUGUGAAUUAAAGGGCAAUGUAGGUACACAUCCACCUUUAGUAGCUGGGGGAAAAGACAGCAGUGAUGUUAUUGUGGAUCUACUAAAAGAAGAAAAAAGCCCACAUACUUCAAGUAGCUUACCUCCAUCAGAUCCCCAGGUUGACACAGCCAAAAGCUCAGUCAAGGACCAGAGGGUGGAUGAAACUGCUGUUAAGUUUUCACAAGAAAUCACCUCAGUGCAACAUAGCAAUGACACUGGCAAUGACAUUACAGUACUUGUCUCUGGAGACAUGGUGGCAGGUUCUGACAUGGAUUAUACAGGUGAAGUGAUGGAGUCCAAAGAGCUGAAUUCAUCACCAGACACGGAAGUGGAGAGACAAGGGAAACCUGUCACAGUUCAGGAGCAUGAACAAAUGGAUACAGAUGCACCUGUUGUCAGUCAAAUUGUUCAACAAGAACAGGCAUUAGACUUUCAACCAAUAGACAGUAACAUAAAACAUCAUGUAGUAAUGGACAAUCAACCAUUGGAUUCUACAGUGGAUAGUGAAGUAAUCCAAAAUAAUCCACUAGCUGGUAACAUACCAAUUGAACAAGAUGCCAUUAAUCACAAUCAACUUGUGGAUCAGGAUUCCAUGUUAGGUAGUAAAGUAUCUGCACAGAAACAACAAGUUGAAGGCAAACCAGGGAGUUCAGAACCUGUCAUACAGGCAGAUCAACAGGAUGCUGCAAGAGAUAGUGAGGUAGUUACACAAGGCCAGUCGAUUGACAGUGAAUCAAUGAAACAGGAUCCUAAUGAAGAUGACCUACCAAGGAAACAGGAUUCUACUGAAGAAGACCUAUCAAUGACACAGGUUCCUACUGAAGAUGGCCUACCAAUGAAUCAGGAUCCUACUGAAGAAGACCUACCAAUGAAACAGGAUCUUACUGAAGAAGACCUAUCAAUGAAUCAGGAUCCUAAUGAAGAUGACCUACCAAUGAAACAGGAUCUUACUGCAGAAGACCUAUCAAUGAAACAGGAUCCUAAUGAAGAUGACCUACCAAUGAAACAGGAUCUUACUGCAGAAGACCUAUCAAUGAAUCAGGAUCCUAAUGAAGAUGACCUAUCAAUGAAACAGGAUUCUACUGAAGAAGACCUAUCAGUGACACAGUUUCCUACUGAAGAUGGCCUACCAAUGAUUCAGGAUCCUUCUGAACAAGUCCUACCAAUGAAACAGGAUCUUACUGAAGAAGACCUACCAAUGAAACAGGAUCCUAAUGGAGAUCUACCAAUGAAACCGGAUUCUACUGAAGACCUACCAAUGAAACAGGAUCCUACUGAAGAAGACCUACCAAUGAAACAGGUUCCUACUGAGAAAGACCUACCAAUGAAACAGGAUACUAAUGAAGAAGACCUACCACUGAAACAGGAUCCUAUCGAAGGAGAGCUAUCACUGAAACAGGAUCCUAUCGAAGGAGAGCUAUCAAUGAAACAGGAUUCUACUGAAGAUGAACUACCUACAUGUAUGACAAAGGAUCCUACUGAAGAAGAUCUACCAAUGAAACAGGAUCCUACUGAAGAAGACCAACCAAUGAAACGGGAUCCUAAUGAAGGAGACAUAUCGAUGAAACAGGAUCCUACUGAAGGAGACAUAUCGAUGGAACAGGAUUCUAGUGAAUAUGACCUACCAAUAAAUCAGAAUCCAGAUGAAGAUGACCAACUAAUGACACAGAAUCUUAAUGCAGAUCAACCAAUAAAACAGGAUUCAAAUGAAGAUGACCUACCAAUACCAAUGACACUAGAUCCAACUGAAGAUAACCUACCAAUAAAGCAGGAUACUGAUGAAGAAGACCUACCAAUGAAACAGGAUCUUACUGAAGAUGACCACCCUAUAAAACAGGACUCUAAUGAUGAUCAACCAACAAAACAUGUUCCUACUGAAGAAGACCAACCAAUAAAGAAAGAUCCUAUUGAAGAUGAACAAUCAGUGUCAAAGGAUUCUAAUAAAAAUGACCUACCAAUGAAACAGGAUACAAAUGAAGGUCAACCAAUGAAAUUGAAUCUUACUGAAGAUGACUGGCCUAUAAAACAUGGCUCUAAUGAAGACGACCAACCGAUGAAACAGGAUCCUACUGAAGAAGACCAACCAAUGAAACGGGAUUCCAAUGAAGAAGACGAACCAGUGAAACAGGAUCCCAUUAAAGAACACCAACAAAUGAGAAAAAAUUCUAAUGAAGAACACCAACCAAUGAAACAGGACCCCACUACCUCAUUAGACAGUGAACAGCAAAUGGACACGGAGCCUGUUCAGCAAGACCUUGAGAAUGUGAACCAUCCAGUGACACAAGAUCCAGUGGUAGAUAAUGAACAAGUGCAACAAGAUAAACCAGUAAAUCAAGACAACAAAAUGGAUGAUAACACAAUGGACUUUGGCUCACAGCCAAUGGAUAUUCAACCAGUAAAACAGUUUCAAUGUUUGGAUAAUGAGCCUUUGGAACAAGAUCACACUGUGGCUGAUGAAGAGGUAGAACACGAUCUGUCUGUUAGCAAAGGAGCAGUGGAACAAAUGCAUCAAAUGGACUUUGAUCAAGUAAAACAAGAUCAGGAUUCCUCAGUGGAGAGUGAACCAGUCACACAAGAUCAGUUAAGUGAACUAAUGAAAGAAGUGGCAAGCACUGAAGAGUCAGUGAAGCAAUGUCAUUCGGAUAACAGUGAAUCAUUGAGGUUAGAUCAUUUAGAAAACCUUGAAAUAGAGGAGAAAUUUGCAGACAGGAAAACAGUGAAACAACAUGUAGUGGAUAUCUGUGAUAAUGGCAGCUCAAAAAUCAGCGAAGCAGUGUAUGUUGAUCUCGUGACCAGUUCAUCUUUUAAGCAAGAUCAUGUGGUUAAACACGAGUCAGAUGAACAAGAGAAGUUGACCUCAGUGGACCAUGGGACAACUGAUGAAGUUCACGUAGGUAGCAAUGAACAAUUCACACAGCAGGACACAGAUAUGCCAGAUGAUACAGAAAAGAGUGAACCAGUGAAGAAAGAUUGUUUUGCUCACAUAAAUCUAAUGGGACAAGAUGCGCAGAAAACCACUGAGCUCAAGGUACAGAGUCUCCCGGGAAAAGCUGAAACAUCAAAACAAAGUGAAGACCCACAUAAUCAAACAGUUGAUUGUGAACCAGUGUUUGGAGAUCAGCUGAUUGACGGUGAAGCACUGAAAGAAGAUAAGACUGAGCUAGUGCAGGAGGAUAAUGUGGACAAAAGUCUUGUUUGUAUGAGGCCUGAUUCUUCAAGGGAAGAUAGAGACUUGAGACCCUCUCAAGUAAUAGAGGUGACUACCUGUAUUAACAAAACUCUGUCCAGUGACCAAGAUGAAGAAAGUCCUGAUAAAUCAAGUAGCAAUAUGUCUUUAGCCAAACUGGAGAACACUUUGUCAUAUUCAAAUAACCCUUUUGAUGGGUUGCAUACUGUUGAAACGCAGUCACUAGAAACACAAGAUGCAGAUCUGGCUUCAGAAAGGACUCCUGAACAGGACCAUAUCCCAUCUGGAGCACUCUUAGGAAUCCAAAACGUGCCAGAAAGUGAAUGUUUCAUGCCUCCUGAAGGUGAUUCACACCACCCUGCUGCUGACUCUGAGGCAGAAGAAAGUACUGUACCAGAUACACAAUGUCCCAGUGAGGGCCUGGAACACAACCUGCCUGUUUGUAGCAGUGUACAAAGAUUAACAGAGAAGUCAACUUUGGUACAGGCGAAUAUCUCAUCUGAAGCUCCCUUGGAAAACCUGGCCUCCAGCGAAUCCAGAUCUGAGAGUUCACCAGUAAUUGUAAAUGGACCACCAUAUGUCAAUGUGGAUCCUCCUGGCGAGGAACCUGCUCCUGAAACUACAAGCCAAACUGAAAUGACAGCAGCUUCUGGGCAACAUUCUCUUUCUGAAACUCCAAAGGAGUCUCCAAGCCCACAGGGCUCAACCCAGCACAGAGAGAGUCCCACCCCUAAUGGAGUACUAGAGUCUGAGCACUUGAAUGACAUUCCCAUGGAUUCUGCAGUGGUUGAGAAUCAGCCAGAUAAACUGACCUAUCAGGGCACCUCUAAAGGAGAGAAGCAGUCCACUUCAGAUGAUGAAAGGGAAAACAGGGAGAACAAACCUCUGACAGACGAGCCACCUGUUCAAGAGAUCUGCACCGUUAAGAGGGAAUCAAACUUGAAAAGGGGUGUCAGUGAUACUCAGAAGGCAGUAUUGAGUGCAAAGGAAGCAGGAUUAAAGAAGGAGAGACUGGUUCAGGAGGCUCCAACUAGAGUAUUACGUGGGAAUGUUCGAGCCGACCCGUCCACAGACUUGACUGCUUCAAUGUUCCCGCGUCAUUUGGAGAUUGGGGACCUAGUGUGGGGACCUAUCAGGGGUUACCCAUCCUGGCCGGGGAAGCUUGUCAGUGAAACGGAGGUCAGAGGUCGCUCCAGGAGGGAAGAAGGAAAGAUGUGGGUUCGUUGGUUUGGAGAUCACAGCUGCUCGCAAGUCGAGCCUGAGAAACUGAAAACUCUGUCCGAGGGGCUAGAGGCCCACCACAGUGCCAGGCAGAGCUAUAGAAGCAGAGGGCGCAGGAUGAACAGCACAUUAGAGGCAGCCAUCCAAGAGGCCAUGAAUGAACUGGACAAGAAAAUGGAACAAGCAAAAGGAACCAAGUCCAAAUCAGUGCCUAAGUCAUCACGACCCAAAACCAGAUGCAAGAGAUUAAGGUGAUCCUGUCUGUGUAUGAUAUUUAUUGUUAUUUAGUUAUAUCUUCAAUAACUUAAGUUUGAUCAAGUAAAGCAAAGAAUAUGUACAUGUAUAUAUAUUUAUAUAACAAGGAUAUUAAUUAAACAUGUGAAAGGGCAAAAUAAGGUAAUCUAUUACCGGCAGUUUUUGCUUCUGGGGUGUGUCAAAACUUGUAAUGUCUUGGAACACCGCCUAUCCAACUUGGAAACACGCUGUUUCCUCUGAGAACAAGAGCAUUCAGAAGCCUGGUGCUCUUAAAAGUCUGGUCUGUCUCUGGCAUAUAAAAUGCGUUAAGAACAUGGCCCGUUUUUCAUUUUAAAAAAAUGCCUUGUUCCCAAAAGAGUUGGUUAUAAUAGAACAGGCAUAUUUGGAAAUUUAAGGCAUCUUAAAAACAGAGCUUUGCAUCAAUAGUGCACAUAUCUUUUCAAAACUUUUUAGGCUACAAAAUAGCACUGAUAUUUUGACAAUGUACCAUAACUUUCACAUCAGAAUAACAGUAGUUUUGACAUUUGUAAACGAUGAUAGACAAUUUUAUAAAUCUUUGUUUUCAAGAAAAGAUGGUAAAACAAAUACGAAAAAUUCGACCUUUGACAUUAGAAGAGGACUACCUUUCAUUACAGUCUUAUUGCUGGUUUACAAGCAAUGGUUAUUGCAAGUGAUUUUUACUUUAUUUGACUCUUAAAAUAUAUAUGUUUUUUCAAUGUUCAAACAUCUUAACCUGAAUCCAUUGAUAUAGUGUCCAUGUUACAUUCUCAAUCAAGUUUUCCUGGAAAUAUUCUGAAAAUGUCCGAACGCUUUGAAACAUUUUAAAGCAAUCAGAAAAGUCUCUCAAACAAAACGAUAACAAAUUUGUCAGAUACUCAAUCUGACAAAUGGUCAAUAUACAAAUGUAAUGAUGUAUAAUCAUCUGCUCAAUCUUUGCUUGUACUGUAAGUUAUUCAAUGUAGAGUUACCUAUUAAAGGUAAUGGACACUAUAUGCAAAUAUUUAAAAAGGAAACUGUCAAAAUAUUGUAAAAUAUCCUGAUUGAUUGUAAGUAGAUAAUAGGAUCAAGCAUCCUGUAAAAUUGUUGCGCCUAAUAUGCUGUCAUUUUUCGGGAAAAGAGGAAUAACAUGUACCAUCAUUUGCUCGAGAUGGUAAGGACCAAACCAUCACGCUUUCAGUGGAAACUAUAUGCUUUGCGUUGAGCAAAAACGAAGAUGCAUUUUCACAGUUUUUCAAAGAGUAUAAUAUCUACAGGUCAGUUUUUUAAUAUUCUACUUCAGAUUUAUUGUAUUGCAAAUGGUGUUAGCUUAGAAUGCCAUGUUUUGUGUCCAUUACCUUUAAUACAAACUCUCUUACAACAAAACUCUGGUGCUUAUGUGGAUAUACCAAACAUUUGAGUAGGUCCGACAGAGUUCGCAUUAACAUGUGUUGACUAAAUAAUAAGUACAUUUGACUCUGCACACAAUAACGCCUUCAACAUCGACAAAGAAAGAGUCAGGCAGACUCUCGACUCCUAUUAACACUGUAGGCAAGGAAUGUGCGUGAAAUUACAUGAAUCGUCUGUACUUCAAACAAUAGGUGCAUAAACAAAUGAACAAGUGCGCACACACAGCAUGUCUAUGCUGAGUCAGAAUUGCCCAACUGGGCAUUUGCCGCCCGGAUCCUUUUUCAGCUCAGUUUGUUUUAAAAUCUUUUCAUAUAUCUAAUUUAUUCCUCUCUUUUUUUUUAAAUUCACAUAAUUUUGGCAGUUUAUUUUUGUGAAUAAGUAAUCAUGCACCAUCAUCAAAAUGGUGUAUAAUUUUGUAUGUAAAUAAAAGUUAUCGUGGUGGGGAUUUUGUUCAAUUAUUUGCUAUUUGCAAGAUACAUUUCUGAAAAUGUUAAUUCGUUGCAGUGUUUUUAAAUUUUUGGUUUUUGUUUGUUUUUUUGGUUUUGGUUUUUAUUUACUUUCAGUUCCCCAGUGCAAUAGAAUAUCAAAUUUAGAAACACAAGUAUGUUUAAAUCAGUGUGGAAUUGCUUCAAACAAGAGUAGAAUCAUGUUUUGUAAGAAAGGAUAUACAUUGCACAGUCCAGGGUCGUGUAAUUAUAGCCUAUUCUUGUAGUAAGGUUGCCAUACCAUUGGACUCUCAUUAGUUUAUAUUAUCCAGUAGGAGUGACAUCAAGUAGAUGUCUUACUGCAAAGCUUUGAGGGAAGGAUUGCUCACUGGAACAAGAACUUCAGAUCACUUCUUUGUAGGCAUCUUAAGAGGCAAAUAAUUUAAUCAUAGGGAAAAUGCGACAAAUGACUGUGUGCCCGUGAUGCUGGACAACUGCAUUGCUUAUGCUAUGUUUUUAUCAUGCCAGGCUAGUACAUGUAUAUUGAUUUCAGUCCAAGUUACGUUCGUAUUUAAAUAAAACAGUUGCCAAAUGUUAGAUAUGAAUGUUCUAGUUCUUAAACUUUUUCAAAACAAUAAUCAGUUAAAUCUUGACACGUUUUUACAUGAUUUAUGAGCCGUACUUUUGCUUAAGGAAUUAAGCUUGUGCUAAGUUUGUUGUAAUUGUUAUGUUGUUGCUUUCCAAAAUGUUUAAUUAUCUUUUUGGUGCUAGUGAUUUGCGAUGGUCAUAUGUUGUUUUUUUCCCGAAAGUGAAUAUUCUAAUAAUCUUUCAUCGGCUGUACCAAACAUAAUUUCUGUUUUUGCAAUUCAAAAGAAAUAUCCCUUUUAUGUUUUAUGUUUCUCUUUUUUCUGUUUUGAUCUUUAUUAUUUUUCCAUAAAUUUGUAAAAGCUUUAUAUGUUGCAUGAUCUAUUUAAACGUUGAAGUAGUUAAUAGUUUAUUUCCAUUUCCCAAAGAUAUUUAUCAUGAUCCAGCACCAUUAUUUUAGCAGACUUGAUUCACGGACUAAUUUAAAUUUAUCCGGGUUGUUGCUUGGCCCACCAGAACUUUUCUAGGACCCGAACCCUACCUGCUCAUGUGUUAGUUUUUGUUCCUAGGAAGUUCUUUUUCUGGUUCUUGUUCAGUCGGUAAAAUUCACUCAAGAAUAUCACACUAACUAUACAUCAAAAGUGUCUUAAUUAUUUUAGUUGUGAAUUUUGGCAUGUAAUACGUAUACAUCUACUACUGUUUUGGUUUCAACAUUUAUUUGUAUUUUAAAGCAUAAAUUUAAUUUUGGCAAGCCUUGGGUGUUCAGUUCAAACCAUUAGGCCAAUAUGCAAACAUGAAAAGUGAAUCAUAAGAAUCAGUGAAUUUAUAGCACAAUGUAAAUAAAUGGGCAUUAGUUCAAUGCAUCCCCUCCUUAUACUUGAAUUGACAAGAUUAUGCACUCAACAUUUUACUAGUUUGUCAAUUCUGAAAUUUGUUCGAAAUUUGUAAUCAUGUAUCCUUGAGGAGCACUGUGAAGUCCCUCAAGCAUUCUUGAUUAUACCCUACUAUUAAACUCGUGUAGAGUGGAUCUCCCGCAGCUGAGUGGUAUAAAUGUCUGUGUAUUGUAUGUAUAUAGAGUGUACAGAGUUAUGUACAGACAGCGUUUAUGUAAAUUGUAUUCAGACAGCUUGUAUAGUAUACCAUGAUAAAUUUUGUGCGAAAAGAUUGAAGUUUAAGAAAAUGACGAUAGUACACUAGACUUGUACUCUGGUGUAAGACAAAAGUGUAAUGUUUAAAAUAGAGUCGCACUGGCUUUUACACCAGUGAAGAGGGAAAACUGUUUAAUUUUAAACAACUUUUAAAUUUAUAAAUAUUUUGUCUUGCAACUUUGUGAUUUUUCAUUCUUCUUAUUGACAGGUUUAUUGUAGCAUAGAGCCUUUCCCUCUGGUUCCUUUAUUUAAAAAAAACAAUAAAAAAAAUUAAUAUUAUGAAACAUA